UAAUAGAAGAAAUAUAAAGAAAAACAAAAAAUAAGAAGUUAGUAUUUAUUCCUUUAGAUUUGUCUAAUGUUGACAGUAUAUAUAAUUUUGCUGAAAAAUAUAAACCAUUAAUAUGAAAAAUUAGAUAUAUUAAUUAACAACGGAGGAUAAUUUAACCUUGAUUUCAAAAUAUCACCCAUUGGAUACGAAAGUAAUUUUUCAGUAAAUCAUUUAGGACAUUUUUUACUCACAAACCUACUUUUAGAAAAAUUGAAAAAUACUAAAGAAUCAAGAAUUAUAGUAGUGUCUUCUAAAGUGCAUGAUUAUAUUAAAAAUAUAGACUAUAAUGGACUUAAUGUAUUUGAUAAAAAAAAUAUGAAAUUUUAUUGUUAAUCUAAAUUUGCAAACUUACUAUUUGUUAAUGAAUUAGCUAGAAAAUUAGAUGGAGGUAAUUGUAAAGUUGUAGGUUUGCAUCCUGGUGUUAUAAGAAACAAUAUGUUAACUUAUUUUUAUAAUAAUAAUGGUUUUUUGAUAAAAUCUAUUUAUUAUUUAGGCUAUCCUUUUAUUUGGUUGGGUACUAAAAGUAACUUUUAUGGUGCUUAAACUACUCUUACUUGUUGCUAUACUGAUUUCGAUAAAUUAUAGAAUGGAGGGUAUUAUUAAGAUAAUAAAAUUA